AUGGAGUCCAAGCAGCCCGUUGCGGACUGGAAAGAGUUGGCGAAAUCAAAAAGAGAAUCUGUAGCUGCCCUGAUCCCCAAAGACUGGAUCCUGCCUGCUGCACUUACUUCACAGUACACCGAGACUUCAACGCUCAAUGUUUUGGAUGUACCACGAACAUGCGGUCUUUUGACUGAGCAGGAGCUACAUAUCACAGAAGAUUACGAUGCCACCGCCCUGGUUCAACUCAUGAGCACUGCAAAGCUGAAGAGCAUUAACGUCGUAACGGCAUUCUGCAAGCGUGCCGCCAUUGCCCAACAAUGCGUUAGCUGUCUCACGGAAAUCAUGUUUGACGAAGCACUCGCAAGAGCACGUGAAUGCGACGCCUACCUAGCCAAGGAAGGAAAGCCCAUCGGCCCCCUCCACGGCCUACCCAUUAGUCUCAAAGACAGCUUCAACGUCAAAGGCAAACAAGCUACUCUCGGCUACGUCUCCUUCAUCGCACGCCCUCCCGCUACAUCGAACAGUGCCCUCGUGGACAUCCUUCACCAAGCCGGAGCAGUCUUCCACGUCAAAACCAAUCUUCCUCAGACUAUGAUGACGGCAGAUUCACACAACAACAUCUUCGGCCGCACGCUCAACCCCCACAACCUCUCCCUUACUGCCGGCGGCUCAACGGGCGGCGAGGGCGCGCUUGUCGCUAUGAAAGGCAGCGUCCUAGGCGUCACCACCGACAUCGCGGGCUCCAACCGCAUCCCAACGCUCUGCUGCGGCGGAUCUUCCCUGAAACCCACUGCCUCCCGCGUGCCCUUCGCUGGCGGUGUAGCUGUCGGCCGGAUCGGGUCUCCCAGUCCCAUUCUCCCCGUCAUCGGGCCCUGCGGGCGGUCCGUCCGUGACUACGAGCUCUUCAUGAAGUCCGUGAUCGACCUGCAGCCCUGGCGCGUCGAUGAGAACGCGUUAAACGUCCCAUGGCGCAGCGUCCAACCGAGCAAGAAACCCUUGCGCUUUGGGCUGAUAAGAGGGUGUAAGGAGAGACCUCUGCACCCACCCAUCGCGCGCGCACUGCACGACACCGCCACCGCGCUGAAAGCAGCUGGACACCAAACCGUCCUUUUAGACGAGCAAAUUCCGUCCCUCUACGCCACCGCCCUCCUCGCCUACAAAUUCUUCAUGCUCGACACCACCGCUGUGCCCAUGCAACACAUCCGCGCCUCCGGCGAACCGCCCAUCCCCAGUCUCGCCACCGCCGGCUUCCCGGAGCUAAAGGGUUGGACACCCAGUCUCGACGAGCUGUGGGACAUGACCGUCCAGCGCGCCGUGGUGCUAAAGAAGUGGCAUGAUGUUGUUGUGGGAGAAAACUUGGAUGCUGUUCUCAUGCCGGGGUAUCAGGGCACGGCGCCUAGGCAUGAUACGUAUGGGAUCCCGGUGUAUACCGUCGUGGUCAAUUUUGUGAAUUAUCCGUCGGGGAUUGUGAGUGUGGGGAGGGCGGAGGGGGCGAGGGAUGGGGGGGUUUAA